AUGAUAGGGAUAGACCCCGAAACGAGCAAUUCCCUAAGGGAGAUUCAGCAGGAGCAGCAGCCCAUUCGCGAAAUCGACACAUCAUUGGUGGACCCCAUGUGGGAGGAAGAUGUUGUAAGUGUACACUUCCCACACUGUGACGCCCUGGUAGUCAGAGCUGUGGUAGCUUGUAACGGGUUGAAAUGCAUGCUAGUGGACAACGACAGUUCGAUCAAUAUCCUAUUUAGGACGACCUUUGACAAAAUGGCGGUAGAUCAUGAGCUAACUCCUAUGAGCUCACCCCUUUAUGGAUUCACUGGAGACAUCAUCAUUCCUAGAGGCAAAAUUACUUUGGCUGUCGAGAUAGGGGCCUCGCCCCAGGUGGCACAUCACUUCAUGGAAUUCCUAAUUGUUGACCGUCGAUCCACUUACCACGGAGUUUUGGGGAGGCCCACUCUGAAGGGACUAUAG